GAUGCCGGAGAAACAACAGAGAGGCAGGGACUGAAACGCUUCCCUGCUGAAAACAGUCAGGCACAAGUACUGCCGCAGCGAAUGGAGCUGGAACAAAGUGGUUUUCGUUUCAGGACAUGUUCGGCUGCUCUGAAAGCACAACAGAGUUUCUUGCUUGCAAAGAACAACCUGUACAAGUUCAUGGUUACCCGUCCUCAUGCACUUAUUGCAGAACUUAUGCUGGUGGUGGUGGUGUUUGCUGUUUUUGGAAACAAUAACAACUACAUGAACAUGGCAGAAGCAAAUAAUGCAUUUCUCACUGCAAAUGAGACGUUCCAUACGCCAAGCCUUGGGGAUGAGGAGUUCGAAAUCCCACCCAUUACCCCCCCGCCUGAGUCAGAUCCCACGCUGGGCAUGACAGAUAUACUGAUGCCCUUUCAGAGCCUUAGUGACCAGCUGCCUGCACAAGGAAAUGAAUUUACACCACAGUUUCCCCCCCAGAGCUUGGAUCUUCCCUCCAUUACAAUAUCCCGCAAUCUUGUGGAGCAAGAUGGCGUCCUCCACAGCAAUGGAUUGCAUAUGGAUCAGAGUCACACACAAGUUUCCCAGUAUCGCCAGGAUCACUCUCUGAUUAUGAGAUCUAUUGUCCACAUGACUGAUGCUACUCAUUCGGGAAUUAUGCCUCCUUCUCAGCUAACCACCAUUAACCAGUCUCAGCUAAGUGCACAGCUGGGGCUAAAUUUAGGAGGCACUAAUUUGCCACACACUUCUCCCUCCCCACCUGCCAGUAAAUCAGCCACUCCUUCCCCAUCCAGCUCUAUAAAUGAAGAAGAUGCAGAUGAAUCAAAUAGAGCUACUGGAGAAAAAAGAGCUGCCCCAGAUUCUGGCAAGAAGCCCAAGACUCCAAAGAAGAAGAAAAAGAAAGAUCCCAAUGAGCCACAAAAACCAGUGUCAGCAUAUGCCCUUUUCUUCAGGGAUACACAAGCUGCAAUUAAAGGGCAGAACCCGAAUGCUACAUUUGGAGAGGUCUCAAAAAUAGUGGCAUCUAUGUGGGACAGCUUAGGGGAAGAACAAAAACAGGUAUAUAAAAGAAAAACUGAAGCUGCCAAAAAAGAAUACCUAAAGGCACUUGCAGCCUAUAGAGCAAGCCUUGUUUCUAAGGCCGCUGCUGAAUCUGCUGAGGCCCAGACAAUUCGUUCUGUUCAGCAAACGUUGGCAUCCACAAAUCUGUCUUCCUCCCUUAUUCUGAAUACUUCUCUUUCUCAGCAUGCAACAGUGUCAGCCUCUCCUCAAGCUCUUCAACAGCCCCUUCCAAGAGCAAUUGCUCCAAAACCUUUAACCAUGAGAUUGCCAAUGAAUCAGAUUGUAGCUUCUGUUACCAUUGCACCAAACAUGCCAACAAACAUUGCUGCCCCACUGAUAAGCUCUAUGGGAACAAAUAUGGUGGCAACACCGUCUCCAUCUCAAGUCAGUCCCUCCAUGCAAAGCCAGCAGCACCAGAUACAGCAGCUCCAGCAGCAGCAGAUGCAGCAGAUGCAACAGCAGCAACUACAUCAGCAUCAAAUGCAUCAGCAACUUCAACAGCAAAUGCAACAACAGCAUUUUCAGCAUCACAUGCAACAACAUUUGCAGCAGCAGCAGCAUCUUCAGCAGCAUAUUAAUCAACAGCAAAUGCAACAGCAGCUGCAGCACAUGCAGCUGCAGCAAAUGCAGCAGCAGCAAAUGCAGCAUAUGCAACACCAGUCACAGCCUUCUCCUCAGCAGCACUCUCCAGUAGCCUCUCAGAUCACUUCUCCCAUCCCUGCCAUUGGGAGCCCUCAGCCAGCACCUCAGCAGCACCAGUCACAAAUACAAUCUCAGACACAGACUCAAGUAUUAUCACAGGUCAGCAUUUUCUGAAGAGAAAUGGUCCUGUAACAUGGCUUUUUAUUGAUAAAGGGGAUAAACAUAAACCAUAUUUGUCUGAAAACUGUAAAUUGUUGAUGGUAGUUAUGCAGGGAUGCAUAACAGAUCAAAUGAGCCUCUAAAGUGUCUAUUAGAUAGGCAAUAAAGAACUACAAUGUAGCUGUGUAUCAUCUUUUAGCUGAUUAUAAAUCAUUUUGUUUAAAAAAAAAAAAGCUGUGCUCUUUUUCAUGUGAUGCCUUUUUAAUUUAUUUAAGCUUUACCUACAAUAUGUGAAUCAAAUGGCCUAAUAAAUACCUGGACCUUAUGACUGCAAAAUGGCCUUUCAGAGUUAUAAGAUAUAACCCUACUUUCUCUAAAAGUGAGUAAUGCACUUCAAGGCAGUAUGAACUCAUUAAGCCCUUAAAGCACAGUUGUAACUACCUGUAAAAUGAUGAUUGGAUUUCAUACAAUCAUACUUGUAUGACAUGAGUUAGUUGAUGGCAUUUUUGUCAUGGAAAAAAAGAGUAAAUCACAGAUUUUUGCCAAAGCUCUUAAGUUUUUUCUCUCCUACAUGUCUUUAGAAUGCAAGUAACUGAACUUAAAUGUUUGAGACAACCUUUCACUUCAUUUUUCCAAAUAAACCUAUCAUAGUUUGUAAAAAAAUAUAUAUUGACAUUUACAUUCUUACGUUAAUUCCAGUUACAGAACAAAUGUGAGUAUUAUAUCCUGUGUUGAAGUGAUGAGUUUCAGAUUGAAUACACUGUAUUUUUAAAAGGGGAAUGCACUUAAAUAAAACUGUUGUUAUGGAGAGCUAAGAUGAAAGCAAGAGUUUUUAAUAUUCUGUAAAACCAGUAGAAUAUUUAAAUGAAACUCCACAACAGAAUAAUCAAUGUAAAUAUUUUCUUUAAAAGUUGUAAGUUUUCAUAUCAUGUGUUGUAAAGUUUUCAUAAAUGAGGCUUUAAUGUAAACACUGGUAACAUGAAUUAUUAAUUGCUACAUUGCUUAUUGUGUUUUUAUGCUGUUUUAUACUUUUUUAUGAGUUAUGAUAGCAGCAAUUAAGUUGUUUGUAUUUUGCUUAUCUAAAAUAAAUGCUUUUAUCUUGCUAUAGAAUAAACACAUUUCAGUAAAACUGAUGAGCCAUGAGUCUUUGAUAAAAAACCCGAAAAUGUUGCCUUAUGCAAACACUUCCUUGGAAAAUUUAUUUCAUGUUUUGGAUUUUUCUUGCACGUACUGGGUAAGCAGGUACGAUGGAAUCCGAGAAUGUGAUCAGCUCGUGUCCCCAUUAGGAUGCCCUGCUGAAGAGUUGUGUACAUCUC